CAAAUUUGUGUUAACAAACAGCUUAGGGUUUUAUAAUAACACCUUAGUCUAAAAAACUUCCCUCGUCUCUCUUAUUCUAACAAAAGCUUCACUCUUCUUCAAUGGCAGCCUUCGACCAUAUCCGAGACCUUAACGACAUUGCUUUGAAGCCUCGGUUGCUGCGCUCCCUCCUUAAAGAACAUUUACCCGAUGAAACUCUUCCAUUUCGUGAUCCCUCUCAACUUUCCUCCAUUGUUUCCAUUGUCAAAACCCAUAAGCUUCUCUCCGAAGAAAUACCCCCUUCGACCGACAAUAAGCAUGUUUCUGCUUGGAAAUCUGCAGUUGAUGCGUGGCUUGAUCGAAUUUUGAUGCUUGCUCGAACCAAUUUGCCAGAUAAAUGUUGGGCUGGUGUUUGCUUGCUAGGAGUGACUAGUGUUGAAUGCAGCUCUACUCGAUUCUUGGCAUCUUACCCAGAUUGGUUUAAUGUUCUUCUAUCACAUAUUCAGUCAUCAGAGGCUUCACAAUAUAUCAGGGUAGCUUCAUGCGCUGCCGUGUCAGAUGUGAUAACAAGGCUUGGUGGAUUCUCAAACCUAAAGAAGGAUGGAAACUCCCAUGCAAGGAAACUUGUCCAGUCAAUUCUCAACAUGUUUGAUGAGGAUGUAGCAGAGGAUUUAUUAGUAGUGGCUGCUCAAUUGCUGCUGACCAUCUUAAAUAAUUUUCCUUCUUCAGUUCAUCGUCAUCAUGACAAUGCAGAGUAUACUAUUGUUAAGAAAAUCAUGUCCGGUGAUUGUGGUGCCAAUUUGUUGACGAAACUAUCUUUUUGCUUAGCAUCACUUCCAAAGUCAAAGGGAGAUGAGGAUAGCUGGUCAUCAAUGAUGCAAAAGAUUUUACUUUCUCUAAGCUCUCUUUUGAACAGUGCCUUUGAAGGCCUGGAAGAAGAAACAAGACGUGGGGAGGCGGUGUCAUUAUUGGUUCCACCUGGAAAAGACCCUCCGCCUUCUUUGGGCGGGAAGUUGAUGAAAGGAGUGGCAUUGAGCAAUGGAGAGACAUCCCAAAAAUCACUAAUAUCUUCCAUUUCAUCAUUGAUGCAAAGUUGCUGUAUAAUGCUUACUCAUUCUUAUCCUGUUCAGGUAGAAGUUCCUGUUUUGCCAUUACUGGCGAUCAUUAAAAGGGUGUUGGAUGUCAAUGGAUCUUUGCCGGAAACCUUGCAACCAUUUACGACUGCAAUGCAGCAAGAGUUUGUAUGCUUGCAACUUCCUGCUCUACACAUAAAUGUGUUGGAGGUCCUUACAGCAGUUGUCAAAGGGUUACGCAGUCAAAUUUUACCUCAUGCAGCCCAGGUUAUGCUUCUACUGAUGAAAUAUUUUAAAACAUGCUGGUUGUCAGAGCUAAGAACUAAGGUUUACUCAAUCAUCAGAGCUUUAUUGAUUUCUAUGGGGUCCGGAAUGGCGUUGUACAUCUCUGAGGAACUGAUCGACAAUGCAUCUGUUGAUUUAAAGUUUGCUGAUUCUACCAAUGAUGGUGCACCUUCAGAUGAGCAAUGUGUUGAAGUAUCUCUGCAGCAUCACCGCAAGAAGAGAAAGCAUGGAGCUACAACUGGCUUGUUGAUGGAACAAAGGGCUUUGUCAUGCUUGGAACCAAAAGAAUGUCGAGCAUCAAUUGCUUUAAAAAUAGCUUCAAUAGAGACCUUGGAGGCUCUUUUAGUGAUGGGUGGUGCUUUAUUUUGUGAUAUCUGGCGUAGGAGAAUUGAUGAUCUUUUGAUGCAAGUUGCAACAAAAGCUUGCAGAGGGGGAUGUAUAUUUGAUUCAAACCCUGUCCAUCUCAAGGAAACUAAGAGUUUAGCAUGGGAGGAUUUCCAGCUUGUGGCAUUACAUGCACUUUUGGCUUCUCUUCUUUCUCCAGCUGGUUACCGACCACCAUAUCUGUCUAAGAGCCUUGAACUUUUCCAUAGAGGUAAGCAAAAUACCGGAACUAAGCUUGCCAAUUUUUGUGCUCGCGCUCUUCUGGACUUGGAAGUGCUUGUACAUCCCAGAGCACUUCCUCUAACAGAUAUGCCACUGCCAAGUGGUAAUAGAGACUUUUUAGGAAGGACAGAUGGUGCUGAUCCCAAGUACAAGUUGCCAAAUACAAAUGGCACUUUCAGGACAGGUCACGGAAGCUCUCAUGAUGUUUAUGACUUCCUCAAUGAUAUUUACAUGGAAGACAAUCCUGGAUCGGUUAUUCCGGGUGAGGUUUACAAAGACAUGCAAUUCAAUCACAAAUUAAUUGAUGUUCCCUUGGAUGAAAAUCAUGAAGAGCCCAAGGUUACUAAUGGUUCACCUGACAAGGUGAUGACAUUGGAAAAAGCUAUAUGCGCCUUAGAACAUGCAAACGUUGACGGUAAUAUAGGACCAAAUGAUGGUAGAGUAGUAUCGGAUGUGCGGCAUCGUGAAGAACCUAAUAGAACAAGUCCGGCACCAGUUGACAUUAGCUUACAAAUAAGCAGUCCCUUGAAGCAAAGGCUUGAGGGGAAUAUAUCAAACAGUAUUUCUUCUGAUACACCGAGUAGAACUUCUGUGUCGGGCAGAGUUGAGGGGCUUGCUUCGACAACACAGCUAGAAAAUGCUGUUGCUUUCGGUGUUGAUAGCAACAGAUUUAAGAUGUCAAUCUUGGAGCAGGAUGAUGAGUCAUCUGAUUCAUUUCCUGAUAUUGUAGAUGCAGAUCCAGAUACAGAUUCAGAUGAAGACGCCGGGUAGAAAUUUGUUGGAGCGAAAUUUUGGUGAACAAGAUGUAUGUCCUGUUGAGUUAUUUGAGGUCUUUUGUUUGUUAGAAAUUCUUAGCGAAUUAGGUUGUGUAAUAUCUACAAUAUAAAAACCGAUGAGCGGAUGAUUCAUUUUUUUGUCUAUGUAGAAUGGCUAAUGAGGAACCUCUAUGCCCAAAUGGAAUUUUUUAUGGAAUUUUUCUUAUUUUAUUAUACUUAAAUUACUUCGUAGAA